UAGUCGGGGGGGCAUCGCUGCUGCGCUCAGCUCUCUGCCUCUCGAUCGCAGCCGGGCCAAGCCGGGCACAGCCGGACACGCGGUGGACGACACACUGGUCACCUUGACCGCACCGGGGACCUCGCGAGCCCAUCUCGCUGCACCGUGCGGUGGUGGUGUUGGUGGUGCAGGCCUUGCACUUCCGCGCGGCGCCAGGGGGGGAGGGAAGGGGCCGCGGUGCGUCGGGGGCGUGUGUGUUGUAACCGGAGCGUCAUUGUAGCCGAGUAAUCUGGGCUCCUAAUCGUCGCCAAGGAGCAGCCCGGCGUGAUAAAGCGUGCUCCGCCCCCGCGCCCCGCCCCCCGCGCCGCGAUGGACGAGGACGGCGAGGAGGGUGGCGCCGUGUUGGACUUCUGGCGCGCCGUCGCUGCCAUUCGAGACGCGCUCGUCCGCUCGGCGGCCGCGGUCGUGUUUUGGUCCAAGAGUCUUUACGCCAUGGUGCACUUCUCUGCCUCGGCCGGGUCGGCGGGCGCGCUGCCGCCGCCGGCCUCCACCGCCGCCGCCACCGCCAUCCCCCGCGACUCGCCGGUGAGGAGAAUGUCGGAGCGCAAGCUGAGCGUCUCGGGGGCGGUGGUGGGGGCGCUGGGCCAGGGCCUCCAGGGCCGGCCCGAGGUCCGCGUCCUCACCCUCAACGACGGCGAGCACCAGGAGGAAACGCUGUACCGCCUGCGGAAAGGGUGGAGCCUGCACUUCCGGCUGGGGACCUCGCUGCUGGGCCGGAGCGUCACGCUCCACUGCAACCACCCCUCGGCGCCCGAGGAGGACUUCAGCCGCGCCGCCUACCGCGUGCUGCCCUGGCAGAGCGACUCCGGCUCCAGCGACGACACGGCCAAGUUCGCCGAGGUGGUGAUCCGUCGCGCGGGCUCCUUCCACUACUACUUCACUUACGACGAGUCUGCCGAGAACCGGGCGGGCUCUGGGUACUUCACCGUGGACCCAGUCUUGACCUGCGGACCCGACUUGGACACCCCUCUCCCGCUGGACAGCGUCCAGUGCCAAACUGUGCUCUCCAAGCUGCUUGGCCCUCUGCCCACGUGGGAGGGCAAGCUUCGAGUCUCCAAGGAAAGUGGUUACAAUAUGAUCCACUUCACUCCAAUUCAGGAAUUGGGUGGCUCCAAUUCUGCAUACAGUCUCAGCGAUCAGCUUCGCUUGAAUCCGAAAUUUGACUUUGAUGGCAAGACAGCUGACAUAAUUGAUGUAGAGGCAGUCACAGACAAAAUGCGUCGGGACUGGAAGGUACUGAGCAUAUGUGACAUUGUCUUGAAUCAUACUGCAAAUGAAAGCAAGUGGCUACAGUCCCACCCAGAAUGCACCUACAAUUUGAUUAACUGUCCUCACUUGAGACCUGCUUACCUUCUUGAUGCUGCUUUACAUCAACUUACUUUAGAAGUGGCUGCUGGUAAAUGGGAAUACUCAGGUAUUCCGAAAGAAGUUGACUGUGAAGCACACCUUCAGGCCAUACGUAGUGCUAUGCAUAGCAGCUUCCUUCCUCGAAUCAAACUUGAUGAAUUGUUCCUUAUUGAUACUAAUAGUUUGGUAGCACAAUUCCUAGCUCUCGCAAGAACCACACCUCCAUCCCAAAACCCUGCUUCCUUUGAGGAUAAACAGCUUGUUGUUAUUGUGCGUGAUGACCAAUGGACACGCCGAAAAUCCUCGGUUGACAUGGAGCUAGCCCAAAAGUACUUUAACACUUAUCGAGGAGACUGCUACGAUGAAGAAACAAGACUUAGACGGUGUGGUGAAGACUUCAAACAGCACAUUGAGGGUUUAAACAACAUUCAAAAAGAGGCCUUAAACAAUCACCUCAACUCAGCAAUCGAAAAUUGCAUAGCUGGUAUGCGAUAUUUCCGUGUUCAAGAUAACGGUCCUCAUAUUCGAGAAGUUUCAGUCCAAAAUCCUCUUGUUCCACGCUAUUUUACUGAUUGUGGAGAACCAAAAAGCCUUGAGGAGCAUGAGCAACUUAUGUAUUCUGAUAAGGCUUGCUUCAUGAUGGCACACAACGGUUGGGUCAUGGGUGAUGAUCCUCUUAGAAACUUUGCAGGUCCUGAUUCAAAUGUUUAUCUUCGCAGAGAACUUAUUGCUUGGGGAGACAGUGUAAAACUAAGAUUUGGUGAAAAACCUGAGGAUUGUCCAUUCUUAUGGCAGCACAUGAAAACUUAUGUUGAACAAACAGCCAGGGUUUUUGACGGUAUAAGGCUUGAUAACUGUCACUCUACUCCUAUUCCUGUGGCAGAGUAUCUUCUCGAUGCUGCCCGAAAAGUUCGUCCUGACCUCUAUGUUGUUGCUGAACUUUUCACCAACUCUGAUGCUAAAGAUAACAUAUUUGUCAAUCGUCUUGGGAUUACUUCAUUAAUUCGCGAGGCCAUGUCUGCUUGGGAUUCUCAUGAGCUGGGCAGGCUGGUUUAUCGGUAUGGAGGGGAGCCAGUUGGAGCAUUUUUACAGCCUGUAGCUCGACCCCUCGUCCCCUCUGUAGCUCAUGCCUUGUUUCUUGAUCAAACUCAUGACAACAUGAGUCCAAUAGACAAACGUUCUGUCUUUGAUCUUCUUCCAUCUGCAGCUUUGGUGUCUAUGGCAUGUUGUGGAACUGGAAGUAAUAGAGGGUACGAUCAACUGGUCCCUCAUCAUAUUCAUGUGGUUGAGGAAGACCGUGAGUAUACAUCAUGGGUGGAUGGAGACACAUCCAAUCCUGAAGCUGUCAAUCUACAAACAGGUAUUACAGCUGGGAAAAGGGCCCUGAACAAGCUACAUUUUGAACUUGGACUGGAAGGCUAUAAUCAGGUAUUUGUAGACCAAAUGGACGCUGAUGUUGUUGCUGUCACGCGCCACAAUCCGUCAACCCAUCAAUCUGUUAUCUUGGUUGCCUACACAGCCUUCCACAUGCCUGAACCACAUUUCUACCGAAAUGGCAUGAAACCUCUAACUGUGGAAGGCACAGUAGAUGAAGUCAUUUUGGAAACAACUCUAACUCAUGCGGCAUUUAAAAGCAACAAUGGCCCACGAUUUGGAAAACAGGAAACUUUUAAGAAAGAUCCCAAUAAAAUUAACGGAUUGAGUGAUUAUACACUCUCCUUAAGAGAGAGUUUUCCCCUCUCGGAGUCGGAUGCCUUGGUUCUUGGUCAUUCCUCUGACCCGGGUCUAACAGUUCUAAAUUUCAAGAAUUUCCAGCCGGGCUCUGUCGUAGCAAUUAGAGUUUCACUCAAUGAAAAAGUACGUCCUGCUAUUGAAAAACUUAGAAGAAUCACAUCAGCACUUUGUUCAUCAUCUGGAGAUUUAGAUUUGGAUACUGUAGUGUCGCGCUUGUCUUUGGCUGAUCUAAACCGGGCUUUAUAUCGUUGUUCUGAGGAGGAAAAAGAUGAGCCUCCUCAUGCUGGCACAUAUGAAAUUCCUGGUUUUGCUCCAAUGGUUUAUGCUGGACUUCAGGGUAUGUCACUAUUCUAUAAAAUAUUCAAAACACACAUUAAAAUGAAAAUAGGAUUCUAUAUGUAUUCUUUAUCUGUGACAGGUAUUAUGUCCUUACUGAGUGAAAUUAGACCUAAAAAUGACUUGGGCCAUCCAGUGUGUGGAAACCUUCGUGAAGGCAAUUGGAUGAUUGAUUUCAUGCACGAGCGUCUAAAGCGUAACCCUGGCACAUGUGAUUUAGGUUUAUGGCUGGAACGCUCUUUGCAGCCUGUGAAAGAAAUACCAAGAUAUCUUGUUCCACGUUACUUUGAUGUCAUCAUUACUAAUACCUAUCUAGCUCUGAUUCAGCAUGCAUGGAAUUCUAUGUCAGAGUUUGUAAAAGGGGGCAGUACAUUUUUACGAAGUCUUGCCAUGGGUUCACUUCAGUGUGGUGGGGUUGUUUAUAGUGCUCAACUUCCUCAACUUUCUCCAAAUCUUUCACCUCCGCUGCCAAACACUCGUUCUGACAAGCCUGAACAAGUGUUUACAACUCUGUCGGCUGGCCUACCUCAUUUCUCUACUGGAUAUAUGAGGAACUGGGGUAGAGACACAUUCAUUGCCCUGAGAGGUUUGUUCCUUCUUACUGGAAGGUUCCAAGAAACUCGUUAUCACCUUUUGGGAUAUGCAGCAUGUUUGAGACAUGGACUUCUACCGAAUCUGUUGGAUGGAGGAAAGAAUGCUAGGUUUAAUUGCCGUGAUGCUUUAUGGUGGUGGAUGUACACACUCAAAACUUAUGUUGAAAUGGCUCCCGAUGGUGUCAGUAUUUUAAAAGACACAGUAUCUCGAAUUUUUCCAACUGAUGACAGUGAGGCUCAAGAGCCAGGAAAGCAUGAUCAACCUCUUUAUGAUGUCAUUCAAGAGGCAAUGCAAACUCAUUUUCAAGGUCUCAUUUUCCGUGAGCGCAAUGCUGGUACACGUAUUGAUGCUCAUAUGACAGAUAAGGGCUUCAACAAUCAAAUUGGUGUUCAUCCUGAAACUGGAUUUGUUUUUGGUGGAAAUGAAUGGAAUUGUGGUACAUGGAUGGACAAAAUGGGAUCUAGUGAGAAAGCGCACAUAAGAGGAAAACCAGCAACCCCUCGAGAUGGGAGUGCUGUAGAGCUGGUUGGUCUAAGCAAAAUGACUGUUCAAUGGCUGUCUAACAUGCAUCGUCAAGGACAUUAUCCCUAUGAAUCGGUUACACAUACAAAUCGUGAUGGAACAUCCACAACUUGGACCUAUGAACAGUGGUCAGAAAAGAUUGCUAAAAAUUUUGAAAAAUUCUUUUGGAUUUCUGAAGCUCCUGCUGCUGGAGAGCUCAGACCAGAUCUCAUAAAUAGGCGUGGGAUUUACAAAGAUUCCCACGGAGCAACUCAAGCUUGGGCUGAUUAUCAGCUCCGCUGUAACUUCCCAAUUGCAUUGAUAGUGGCCCCUGACAUGGUUGAUCCCAAUCACGCAUGGACAGCUCUAAAAGUAGCAGAAAAGCAUUUACUAGGACCACUUGGCAUGAAAACAUUGGAUCCAAGUGAUUGGUCUUAUCGCCCCGAUUAUGACAAUAGCAACGAUUCUGAAGAUGCUUCUGUUGCUCAUGGCUUCAAUUAUCACCAAGGACCAGAAUGGGUUUGGCCUGUUGGUUUCUUCUUGAGAGCAAGGCUGCAUUUUGCAUCUAUAGUUGAUGGAGGCUCCCAGCUCUGCAAAACCAUUGCUAGUACCCGUUCUUUAAUGUCGAAACAUUUCUCUGAAAUCCAGUCAUCUCACUGGAGGGGUCUGCCUGAACUUACCAAUAGCAAUGGGGCUUAUUGUCAUGAUAGUUGCCGAACUCAGGCUUGGAGCAUGAGUACUUUGAUUGAGGUGUUAUAUGACAUGGAGAAGCUGGAGGAAAAGUUGGCAAAUAACUGACCCAGCUACAAGGCGCGUGAUGCAGUCAAUCAAUUCUUAUGGCAUCCCGCGUCCCCCGAACAAACCCAACUAGUGAGCACACUGCCGUUUAUAUGUAGUUAU